AUGGCUCAGCAGCUCGUCGGCCGAAUCACAAUGGAGGUGGCGCCAUCCAAGCUGCCAUCGAUGAUGAUCAGGCGUGCUAGGCUCCCAAGGAACCUCGACACGAUCGCGGAGGAUGACAAGGAGGCGGCCAUGGCGGCCAUGGAGUCACAGUCACCAAGGACGCCGCCUCUGCGCAAUGCGAGCCGCGGCGUGGAGGUCAUCGUCGACACCCCUAUGCACUGCACCGACAAGCUGGCCUUCCUCGCCCCCAUGGCCAAAACCGAGUGCUUGAACGUCAAAGCCUAA